GAACGGGACAGAAGAAAAAGAAAGAUUUAUGGGGAUUUCUUUGGAACAAGAAAGAAAAGGGAGAAACUUGAGCUGAGCAGAGAUUUGUUUUGGACGCAAGGCAUCAAUUCUGAAAAAAGCGUGCAAAUAACCGAGAAUAAAGGAAUAAGUUGUUGAACUUAAACCUUUAAAGAUGAGGACCACUUGUGCGCAAUGACACGCUGACAGGAGAAAGCCAAAAGUUUGGAAAUACCACCGAGAAAGUUUUUUUUUUUUUUUUUUUUUUUUUUUUUCCUCCCGAGGGACACCAAGGACAUUAAAGUCGCUGUGCUCGACACAGAAGAUUAGAUUGUAUCACUGUAUCUGAAUCUUGUCCGCGGUGCUGUCCUGGAGGGCGAUGGGGGCCGCGCCGGGCUCGGGCUGGGAGGAAGGCGAGUUCGAGUUCAAGCUGGUGUUUGAAGAGGAUCCGCCGCAGCGGCAGAGCCAGGGGCCAUCCCCGGUGCGCACAGUUGAUCCGGAGAACGCAGUUGCCGGGGAGGAAAGUGAAGUCGCCCUGCUGCAGCUGGACUCCUCUGGCAGCAGUAAUCUUGUUACAGAUAAUCACCUGGCUGCCUCUUAUGUAGCACACUCAAUCAGCAUCCCCAGCUCGCCACCUUCAUCCAAUCAGCGGGCAGGGAUGCACUCCCCGCCUCCUCGACGUGCACCAAUCAGAGAGUUCAGUGGGACCUAUGAGAGCCUCCCAGCACGUUCUGUACAGGUUUCAGAGUCUUGUGUGGUCGAGUGCCCCAGUAUCCAGAUAACCACCAUCUCACCUGAAGAUGACCCAACACCCAUCAUUCCCAGUUACUGGGACAUGGGUAGCAGUGGUGGGUGGGACAGAGAGCGCCUCUACCUCCCCCUGCUGGACCCUUUUACCUACCGCGACAGAUGCCCAGGUUCUCUCAGCCCCAGCCCCGCCUCUAGUCCGUCCUCCCGAGGCUGGCUCAGCCCUGCCUCCAGCUGUGACUCCCUGCUGGUGGAGGAGGAGGAGCUGAAUGACGCUGCCAUCAACUUUGGGCUUUCACCAUCUUCGAGGCCUACUUCACCUGGGGGUAAAAAGCGUAGGAACUCUCCACUUGCCUCCCCCUGUACGUCACGAAGAGGCAGUUACUCAGAGGAGCUGCAUGGGUGCAACCUGGAGGGUGGAGAGUCCUCCCUUCAUUCACAAGCUCCGCCCAGUAGCUGUGAGCUCAGCAUCCCACAGAAGACCAGGAAGACAUCUUUGGAACAGUUAUCUCCCAGGGAGGGGGAUCAGGAGCAGGCUCCACACAGCUCCCCCUGCCCACUGCCAGAGACCCAACAGACCAGGAGAGAGCCCCCCUCGAUGGGCAUGGACUACCUCUCAGUACCCCCUGCUCUGGCUUGGGGCCGAACCAGAGCCAGUGCCCACAGUCCUCUGUUCAGGUCUAACGCCCUGCCUCCCCUCGACUGGCCACUGCCAUCCCAAUUUGACCAGUACGAGCUGCGUAUUGAGGUACAGCCUCGCCCACACCACCGCGCCCACUAUGAGACUGAGGGAAGCAGAGGAGCCGUCAAAGCUGCACCAACAGGGCAUCCUGUCGUCAAGCUGUGUGGCUACACAGAGAGGAAGCCGCUCUCGCUGCAGGUUUUCGUUGGAACAGCUGAUGACCGAUCAAUCCGGCCACAUCCUUUCUAUCAGAUACACAGGGUAACGGGGAAAAUGGUCGGCACAGCCAGUCAUGAGAGCGUCCAGGCUGGGACCAAACUGCUGGACAUCCCCCUCAGCCCUGAGAACAACAUGACUGCACUCAUCGACUGUGCUGGGAUUCUGAAACUAAGAAACUCAGACAUUGAGUUGCGAAAAGGAGAAACGGACGUUGGAAGGAAAAACACUCGUGUCCGAUUGGUGUUUCGUACCCACCUUCCUCUGGCGCCCCCUUCGGCCCCGCCUGGACGGGUAUUGGCUCUGCAAGUUGCCUCUUUGCCCAUCGAAUGCUCCCAGCGUUCAGCCCAGGAGCUGCCCGUCAUCGAGUCUGUCAGUCUCACUUCCUGCUCUGUGGAGGGAGGGGAGGAGCUACUGCUGGGUGGUACCAACUUCCUACCAAUCUCCAGAGUUCUUUUCAUGGAGAGAGGGUCAGAUGGUAAAUUACAGUGGGAGGAGGAGGCUCAUAUUGACCGUGACAACAGCAAUGAGUGUUUACUAUGUGUGAGGGUUCCGGCCUACAGCGACCUCUCUGUCAGUCGGCCUGUGUCCAUCAGUGUGUACGUCUCGAAUGGGAAGAGAAAACGAAGCAGCACUCACUGCUUCAAGUACCUGCCUGUUAUGUUCAAAGAGGAGGAUCCUCUGCUGUCCCGACCCUCUGUAACACCCCUGGAUGGUGGGACUAUGUGUCCGGGGGGUGCUCCACCCAGAAUGGACUUCCAUAUAUCCGAUGAACGAGGCAUUGGUUUCCACCUCCCCCCCUACCCUUCCACCUACUCUCCCCCUUGUCCGCCCAUGACUUUCCAUGAAGAGUUCUGCUCUAAACCCGACACUGCUGUGGAGGAGCCCGGAGGGUCCAGGACAACUUUGUCCGAGCGUCACCCCAGUUUUGAGAACCUGGAGCUAGGCUUUACUGAGCUCCUUCCCCCUCUCUACCCCCGUGGCCCACAGCCUCCUUCCCCCUCUCCUUCCCCAUGGCUGGACUCUCCCUAUCUAUCCUCAUCACCCUCCCCUUCCCACUCCUCCUCUCUCAGCCCCUUCCCCACAGGAAGUCCAAUCUCAAACUCCCCUCUGCCUCCCAUUCCCACCUCUCCUUACCCGCAGUACUCUGCUUAUCCUCAGGAGGUGUGUCCGUCCCCUCCAUCCAACCCCUAUCAGGACAUCUGCCCAGCACCUUACUCCCACUAUGAAGGCUGGGACCACCAGGGAAGGGUGUUGGGCUCAGGACAUGGGGGAGAUGUGGAUGCCAAGAUCCAGGAGUGCCCCCUGGAGUUUACUAGCUCUGCCUCUAUGCACCACAUUACCUUUGAAGAAGUGUCUGAGUUCAUCGGGGAGGACAUCCAGGCUUACCAGUCAGGGUCACACAUGAACAACCAGCCAAACUGAGCUCAGAGCAGCUCGUGACCCCAGUUUGAUAUUCAGCAUCUUUUUUAAUUCCUUGUGCACUUGGUAUGAAGAUCCAGUGCAGCAGUCACAGUACACGUGAUACUGAUGGGGGACUCUGGCAACCAGGAUACUGUUCUAAUUUUGACUAGACAACUGUUUUAUAAAGGGAAACUAAUGUUUUUAACAUGUCUUCAGUAUAAAUUAUACAAGA